AUGGCCGUUCGAGCGCAAUUUGAGAAUUCGAACGAUGUUGGCGUGUUUGCGACGUUGACAAAUUCCUACGCCAUAGUCGCUAUUGGAGGAUCGGAGAACUUUUACAGCAUAUUCGAGUCUGAAUUGCAAGAUGUCAUACCCAUAUGCCAUGCAUCCAUAGCAGGAACGAGGAUCGUUGGUCGGUUGACAGCUGGAAACCGAAAAGGCCUCUUGGUCCCUACCACCACAACUGACCAGGAACUACAACAUUUACGCAACUCGAUUCCAGAUACCGUGAAGGUACAGAGAACAGAAGAAAGACUUUCAGCCUUGGGAAAUGUGAUAUGUUGUAACGAUCAUGUGGCUCUUGUGCAUCCCGAUUUAGAGCGUGAAACGGAAGAAAUAAUAGCGGAUGUCCUUGGCGUAGAGGUAUUCCGCCAGACUAUCGCGGACAAUGUUCUAACGGGCUCUUACAUGUCCCUUUCCAACCAGGGUGGAAUCGUCCACCCAAAAACUUCGAUACAAGAUCAAGACGAACUAUCCUCUCUCCUACAAGUCCCCCUUGUUGCUGGCAGUGUUAACCGUGGCUCUGCCGUUGUCGGUGCUGGAAUGGUCGUUAAUGACUGGCUAGCUAUUACCGGACUUGAUACUACAGCUACCGAGUUGAGUGUCGUGGAGAGCGUGUUCAAACUCAGUGACGGUGCAAGUGGUGCUGGAACGGCCACCAAGGAGAGCAUCGUGGAGAGUUUCUACUAACCUGACGCUCUUCCACCCUUCUCCUCCCUCUUUCAAAGCUGGCCGCUGCCGGGUUUAAGGCAAGGGUUUGGCUUUAUGGAAGUUUUAUUUUAUCAAU